UAUUUUCUAGCGAAGUAUUAUCUUCUGCUCUGAUUCUUCAUCUCUCUCACAGAAAAAAGUAAAAAAAAACCUAGAUCGCUCUUCACAUCUCUUCGAACGAUUCUCUCUUUCAAGAUGCAAAUUUUCGUGAAAACACUCACUGGUAAGACCAUCACUCUCGAGGUUGAGAGCUCUGACACCAUCGACAAUGUUAAGGCAAAGAUCCAGGACAAGGAAGGCAUUCCUCCUGACCAGCAAAGAUUGAUCUUCGCUGGUAAGCAGCUAGAAGAUGGCCGCACCUUGGCUGAUUACAACAUCCAGAAAGAAUCAACACUCCACUUGGUUCUCAGGUUAAGAGGUGGUAUGCAGAUCUUUGUCAAGACUCUGACUGGCAAAACCAUUACCUUGGAGGUUGAAAGCUCUGACACUAUUGACAACGUCAAGGCAAAGAUCCAGGACAAGGAAGGAAUCCCUCCGGACCAGCAAAGACUUAUUUUCGCUGGUAAGCAGCUUGAAGAUGGAAGGACUCUUGCUGACUACAAUAUCCAAAAGGAGUCUACUCUUCACCUUGUCCUUCGUCUCCGUGGUGGUAUGCAAAUCUUUGUGAAGACUCUGACGGGUAAAACAAUCACCCUUGAGGUUGAGAGCUCAGACACCAUUGACAAUGUCAAAGCUAAGAUCCAAGAUAAAGAGGGAAUCCCACCGGACCAGCAGAGGCUUAUCUUUGCCGGUAAGCAGCUAGAGGAUGGUCGCACUCUUGCUGAUUACAACAUCCAAAAAGAGUCAACCCUUCAUUUGGUGCUUCGUCUGAGAGGUGGUAUGCAGAUUUUUGUGAAGACCUUAACUGGCAAGACUAUCACUUUGGAGGUUGAGAGCUCAGACACAAUCGAUAAUGUCAAGGCAAAGAUUCAAGACAAGGAAGGGAUUCCACCAGAUCAGCAGAGACUCAUAUUUGCUGGAAAACAGCUUGAAGAUGGACGCACACUCGCUGAUUACAACAUCCAAAAGGAGUCUACCCUCCAUCUUGUGCUUCGUCUCCGUGGUGGUAUGCAGAUAUUUGUGAAGACCCUUACCGGAAAAACCAUUACUCUUGAGGUUGAGAGCUCAGACACAAUUGAUAAUGUCAAGGCUAAGAUUCAGGACAAGGAAGGGAUCCCACCGGACCAACAGAGACUCAUCUUCGCUGGGAAGCAGCUUGAGGAUGGUCGGACUCUUGCAGAUUACAACAUCCAGAAGGAGUCGACUCUUCACUUGGUUCUUCGUCUUCGUGGUGGAAGCUUCUGAGCUUUUGUGAUGUGAUCAAAAGUGGUUGUUCGAGUCUCAUGCACUUGGGAGGUGAGAUCUUCACCUGGUUUGGUUUCUGCUUCGGUCUGCGGGAAAAACUUAUCCUUAUCGAUGUUCUGAAGUUUCAUUUUCUGUUUUCUUUUAUUUUCUUAUGAACCUUUGGUUGCUGUUUCAACUUUUAAUAAUAAUCCAAGUGCAUGUUAAAACAUUCCGCUUUCUAGAAAUUAUUAUUACCCUAAUGUCCA